CUUCGAAAAGGCGCGGGAAGCGGUUUUGCGGAGAAGAACAAGACUCCAACAGGCAAUGGACGCAGCAACAACGAAGAUGGAAGAGAAGACUAUCAGUGAAAUGGAGGAGAAGUUCUCUGCAUUUCCGUUCGAACCUUAUCGUAUACAACUCGAUAUCAUGAAAGCUCUCUAUCGCUCACUUGACAAAGGAGGGGUUGCUAUGCUCGAAAGCCCCACUGGGACUGGUAAAACCCUAAGCAUCAUUUGUAGCGCUUUGCAGUGGAUUGUGGAUCGGAAGCAACAGUUGAAGUCUGAAACAGGACGCGUUUCUGGUCGGAAUGGGAGCACUGGAGAUCAACGUGUUUCUGAUGAUGAACCAGAUUGGGUGAGGAGCUUUGUUCCGGUUUCAGAGAGGAAAGACCAAAAAAAGGAGAAGGCCAAUAAACUAGGUCUUAGAUCCUGGGGUUUUGACAAGAGGAAGUUCAGGAAUCAUUGCAGAGAUUUGUUCUCCAGGAGCGGGGAGGAAGAGGAGGAUAUCGGUAAUCAGAAAGGGCUUGUGAUGCCGCAGAAGACUAGAGAUACGGUGGAGUUGAAUGAGGAGGAGGAGUUCCUGAUGGAAGAGUAUGAGAGCGAAGAUGAAGGCAAAAAUGAUGGGAAUCCAAAAAGGAAGGCAAAUAAUGUUAGUUUCAGCUCGUCAAGUGAUGGGGACGAGGAGGAUGGUUUGAGAGAUGAGGAGGAAGAGGAGGAUUUGAAGGUCUAUUUCUGUAGUCGGACCCAUUCCCAACUCUCGCAGUUUAUAGAGGAGUUAAGAAGAACAACUUUUUCUUCUGAGUUGAAGGUCAUCUGUCUGGGCUCCAGGAAGAAUUUCUGCAUUAACGAAGAGGUUUUGAAACUUGGGAAUUCAGCUAGGAUCAGUGAGCGAUGUUUGGAGCUUCAGAAGCAUGGGAAAGAAGAAUUUUCCAAAACCAAGAUUGAGGGUAAUGGAAGAAGAAUACAACGGAAAAAGAAUUCAUCUGGAUGUCCAAUGCUCAGAAAGCCUAAACUUCAAAGACAGUUUAUGAAUGAGGUCACUCGGCAGGAGGCCUUGGACAUUGAGGAUCUUGUGCACCUUGGAAAGAGGAUAGGGACUUGUCCAUACUAUGGAUCCCGAAGUGUGGUCCCUGUGGUCAGUCUUGUGGUCCUUCCCUACCAAUCUCUUCUCUUAAAAUCAUCUCGUGAAUCACUUGGCCUAAAUUUGAAAAAUAGUGUUGUCAUUAUUGAUGAGGCUCACAAUCUAGCAGACUGCCUUACCAGCAUGUAUGACUCAAAAAUUACUCUUUCACAGUUGGAGCAAGUACAUUCCCACCUGGAGCUGUAUUUUGAAAAAUUUCGGAAACUCUUGGGAGCUGGCAAUCGAAGAUAUAUCCAAACUCUGAUGGUCAUCACUCGAGCUUUUAUCCGAGUGUUUCUUGAUGACAAAAAUUCAAGUAUUCUGAGUUCUAGUCAUGGUACUGAACAUGACCGUGGAGAAAAAAAUGUCUGUGAUUCUUCGAUGGCUAUUAAUGAAUUCUUAUUUUCUCUGAACAUUGACAACAUCAACCUGGUUAAAUUAAUGCUGUAUAUAAAGCAAAGCAACAUAAUUCACAAGGUCAAUGGCUAUGGAGCGAAACUAGCUAGUGUACAAGGAGGUUCUAUGAUUGAUGAAGAUGGUGUUAAGGAAAAUGCUUUAUCUAGUUUUCAGGCAUUAGUUGAUUUCUUUAUUUCACUAACUAAUAAUGAUGGUGAUGGGAGGAUAAUAAUCUCAAGGAGAAUCUGUUCUGGCAAGCAAGAAGGAUAUAUUAAAUAUGUCAUGCUUGCUGGAGAAAAGAUUUUUUCCGAGAUAACAAACCAAGCACAUGCUGUUGUGCUGGCAGGGGGGACUCUGCAGCCUAUAGAGGAGACGAGGACACGACUCUUCCCAUGGAUACCUCCAGACCAAUUAAAUUUUUUCUCAUGUAGCCAUAUUGUUCCUCGUGAGAGCAUUUUGCCGAUUGCUGUUUCUCACGGGCCCUCUGGUCUUUCUUAUGAUUUUAGCUACAGUUCCAGAAGCUCUCCAGUCAUGAUAGAGGAGCUAGGGCGUUUACUUUGCAAUCUAGUGACAGUGGUACCCGAAGGAAUUAUUGUUUUCUUCUCAUCAUUUGAGUAUGAAGGUUUGGCCCAUGAUACUUGGAAAGCUUCCGGCAUCCUUGCAAGGAUUAUGAAGAAAAAACGUAUAUUUAGAGAGCCUAGAAGUAAUGCAGAUGUGGAACUAGUUCUCAAGGACUACAAGGAAACCAUUGUUGCAUUGUCUGCUGGAGGUCCAAAAGAAAAUCCAAUUAUUCACAAUGGUGCUGUGCUUCUAGCUGUGGUUGGCGGGAAGGUGUCAGAGGGUAUCAACUUCAGUGAUGGAAUGGGUCGAUGUGUAGUUAUGGUUGGACUCCCCUACCCUAACCCAUCUGACGUUGAGUUGAUGGAGAGAAUAAAGCAUAUUGAAGGGUUGGGAGAAUCAAAUACCCGCAGAACCCCCGUAAUUUUCAUUAAUAAUGAAUCCUGCAAUGGUGAUGCAGUUCAAGCUGGGUUUGACAUCUUAAGAAGUUGCAAGCGACGAGGGAGAGAGUACUACGAAAAUCUUUGCAUGAAGGCCGUGAAUCAAUCAAUUGGUAGAGCUAUUCGGCACAUAAAUGACUAUGCAGCAAUCUUGUUGGUUGACUCACGGUAUGCAUCUGAUCCCACAAAAAGAUGCUACUCUCACCCAGCAAGCAAGCUUCCUGAGUGGAUAAAAGAUCGUCUAGUUUCUACUACUGGUAAUUAUGGAGAAGUCCAAAGACUGCUUCGUCAGUUCUUCAAAUUCAACAAGGAGAGAGAAAGCAGAAAAUCCAAAAUGGAAAAUUAGCUAAUUCCAGUGGUGUAUAUGUGAGAUUAUAUGCUUAUCUUUGAGGUGUUUGGAAAGUUUUGCAGAGCACCAUUAUGCACUACUCCCGUUCUAUGGACUGUCUGGGCAAGUUGAGAGGCUUAUAAUGGGUGGUUAAGGACAAA